AGUCUCGAGUUUGCAAGGUUUUGCCUCUUCCGUGCACCCAGAGCAGCCCCUCCGUGAACAAUGGGGUCGUGGGGCCCUUCCAGGCAGGAAAACAGCUCCUUCUGGUGAAAUCUCCUGCUUGGUGCUGAGUCAGCAGGUGCUGGUGGGACAGAGUGGUGCGGAUUGGGCCGGGUUCAGCACCGGUGCUGAGCGGGAGCCGACACGCCGGGAGAGAUGGACACCUUCAGCACCAAGAACCUGGCCCUCCAGGCUCAGAAGAAACUCUUGAGCAAGAUGGCCACUAAAAGCAUAGCCAACGUCUUCAUCGACGACACCAGCAGCGAGAUCUUGGACGAGCUGUACCGAGCCACCAAGGAAUACACCCACAACCGCAAAGAGGCUCAGAAGAUCAUCAAGAACCUCAUCAAGAUCGUGAUGAAGCUGGGGGUGCUGUACCGCAACGGGCAGUUCAGCCCCGAGGAGCUGCUGCUGCUGGAGCGCUUCCGCAAGAAGGUGCACACCCUGGCCAUGACGGCCGUCAGCUUCCACCAGAUCGACUUCACCUUCGACCGCAGGGUCAUGGCCGGGGCGCUGACGGAGUGCAGGGACCUGCUGCACCAGGCUGUCAACGGGCACCUGACGGCCAAGUCUCACUCCCGCAUCAACCACGUCUUCAACCACUUCGCGGACUACGAGUUCCUGUCGGCUCUGUACGGGCCGGCCGAGCCCUACCGCAGCCACCUGCAGAGGAUCUGCGAAGGGCUCAACAAGAUGCUGGAGGAGGACAACAUCUAGAGCUGGGCUCUGCCUCGUGGGAGGCUGCUUUGGGCAGUGCCAGGCUCGGUGUCCUCUCCUCCUCUCUAGUGCUUUCUCCUCAAGACCGAAGCUCUUGACUUUCUGUGCCCAGAGUCUGCAACCUCCCUCGUGCUGGGCUCGAGUCCUUUCCAGGGCUUCCUGGGGUUCUGGGCUCCUGCUGUACAGUUUCAUUUCCUUUGUCCAUCAAGUGCUCUUAACUCAGAGUCCAAGGAACUGGACUCCUCACCUUAAACUCUAUUGUAACCCUCCUGGGGGGAAGAAGCAAACCAAAGACUCGGGGUGUGGCACCUCUGAGGUGUCUCUGGCUGGGUGGCAGCGCCUUGGAUGAACGGUUGUCAGACCCUUGUUGCUGUUGUGGAGCUCUGUGGUCGUCUUUCAACAGCUCCACGAUGUGCUGGGAGCAAACCACGGUCCAGAUUGUGCUGCCUGGGGGAGGAGGGUGCUUCUGUACCUCGAGUCCUUCAGAGCAGAAGGACCCCACCUGCAUCCCAGGUCCCUCCCUUCAGCCAAGACCCGGUUCCCCCUGAUGGUACCACUGGCUCUGACACCUUCCUCAGGGCUUGUCCAAAGCUCUCCCUGGGAUUUCAGACGUUUUCACACCCAGUUGAUUGUUAUUUUUUAGCCAACUCUGUAGCCCUGAUGAGUUAUUUAAAUAAACUCACCUGUUUGGC